AUGAACGGAUACAAAGCUGGCGCGCCGAGAGAAGGAAUGAAGCAUAGCUAUGUGAAGCAGUGUGACUACAUUGCUAUCUUUGAUGCUGAUUUCCAGCCUGAUCCUGACUUCCUCCACCGUACCGUUCCUUUCUUAAUAUACAAUCCCAAGCGAGCACUUGUUCAAGGCCGUUGGGAGUUUGUGAAUGGAGAUCAGUGCAUGAUGACAAGACUGCAGGAGAUGUCUCUAAGCUACCACUUCACAGUAGAGCAACAAGUUGGAUCCUCAACAUUUGCCUUCUUUGGAUUCAAUGGAACGGCUGGUGUGUGGAGAAUUUCAGCGUUGAAUGAGUCUGGAGGAUGGAAUGACCAGACAACUGUUGAAGACAUGGACAUAGCUGUAAAAAGUGAGUUACCUUGUUCCUUCAACGCCCUCCGUAGCCAGCAGCAUAGAUGGACUUGUUGCCCUGCCAAUCUAUUCAGGAAAAUGGCUGGACCAACAAUAAAAAGCGAGAAUGUUUCUCUGUGGAAGAAGUUGUAUAUGUUGUACAGCUUCUUCUUUAUGCGCAAAGUCGUGGCUCACAUCCUUACUUUCUGCUUCUACUGUGUUAUCUUGCCAGCAAUUGUUCUGUUCCCAGAGAUCACAGUUCCGAAAUGGGCUGCAUUUUAUCUCCCUGCUUUGAUCACUCUCUUUAUCGCAAUCGGUAAACCAAGAUCAGUCUACCUGUUGGUGUUUUGGGUUCUGUUUGAGAAUGCAAUGUCCAUGCUUAGAACAAAGGCUCUGGUAAUGGGCUUGUUUGAAACAGGAAGAGUACAAGAAUGGGUUAUGACAGAGAAAUUAGGUGAUGCCCUCAAGACCAAGCUGAUUGGGCAAGUAGCUAAUGAACAUCAUGUUAGAUUCAGAGAUAGGUAGGAGUAGAGGUUUUAUGUUGGAUUUGGUUUGAGACUUAAUCGAGUUUGGGCUUAAACCUGAUGUUAUUAUUUGUUGCAGGGUGCACUUGCUGGAGCUAUUGCUUGGAGUGUACUUGUUGUUCUGUGGGUGCUACGACAUAAUUUAUGGGAAGAACACACUCUAUCUCUAUGUGUACCUUCUAUUGCAGUCAACGGCCUUCUUCGUUGUUGGUUUUGGAUUUGUGGGAAAAUUUGUUCCUGCUUCCUGCUUCCUCCUAAGUCAUAGAUAGAUCGAAAAAGUCUCAGGCACCGAUUGGCUUGAAGGCUGUUGGGACUUUUACAUAUCUCACAGUCCUUAAAGUUAAUUAUAAGCCACUGGGACUUUGGCUUUCCGUGUUUUUCUCAAAGCCUUCUAAAGCUUUCAACUGUAGACUGUUUCAAUUUUAUUCUUUGACAUGUUUGUUUAUUCUAAAGCCUCUAAACGAGACUUUUGUUGGCUUUGAGAAUCCUUUUUCUAUUCUUUAUGUUUAAGGUUUUAUUUUUUAACAAGUUAAACAAUUGAACAUAGUAAAACAUUUAACAAAAUUAAAAUAAAAUCCAAUAAAAUUCAAAAUAAAUCUAGAUAGUUUUAUUAGUUUUUGUUAUUAACCAAUAAAAAAAUACGUAUACAGAGUUUUUUUUUCAUUUUAAUAUCCAUCUCAUAUAUUUAUUUUCAUAAUUUAUAUGUUACAUACUUUUACCAGCUUUUGGACAUAAUACUAAUAUUUUUUUUAUAUAAGUCCCAGAUUUUAAAGUUUAUGAUGCCAAUUAAGCUUUUAAAAAUAUUCAAAGUAACAGGCACAACUUUUAAAGUCAAAAUCUCUACAGCCAAAAUUCUAAAGCCACAACCUAAAGCAAAAGUCUUACCAAUCGGAGCCUCAAUAUGUUUCAAAAGUUUUUUUAGUUGAUACCAUAUUGAGAACACUCUUUUUUGUUUGGGAUGUUUGAGAAAACUGUUAUAUAUUAAUAUACACUGUAUACAACACUUGUAUUACUCCUUGAGUGUUUGUAACGUAAUAAAUCUCAAAAGUGGCUAAUACACCUCCUAGUGACUUGGAUUUGUUAUGCUUCUUGUUCUUCAUAUUGAAAACAUCACCAAAAGUCAUUGUAGUAAAUAUUAUAUUUUAUUGUCUGGAACCUCAUUUUGUGAAAUUUAGCAAUGGAAGAAAAUGGUCUUAGACUUCUUGAAACUUUGCUUGUUAAUCACAACGGACCCCUUGACACAGCUAAACACAGACUCACAUGACAAUGUGGGUUGUGAUUAGGCCUGGGAAUAUGAGUCUUUACCUGUGGGACCCGGCUCGUUUGACCUGCCGCGGGACCGGUGCGGGUCGAACAAGUUGGAAAAAUCGAUUUGCGGGUACGGGUUAUGAGCAUUUUAUGCGGGACGGGUGUGGGUUGGUGGAUUUUGAAACGCGGGUACCCACCAACCCACAAUG